AUGUCUUCUGCCGGACGAAUGACGCACGCCGAGUAUGGCGAUGCUGCCUAUCGAGAUGCGUGAGUCCUCGAUCGUCCCUGUCUUCCGCCAAAUGGUCCCCAAGAAGCUACUCUGACACCAUGCAACUGCACCGUCCGCGCGCGCCCUUCCCCAAAAAAAAGUCAAUACAACGCAGCGCUAGUGGGAGGAGCGUGGGGAGCUACAACAGGUCUGGGCCUGGCUGCUCCUGCCGCCGUCUUUCUCCACAGAUCUAGCACCAGUUUCAGAGGACUUAGUCUGCCUGUAAAGACCCUCUUUGUGGUCAUGGCUACCGCCGCUGGUGGCGUCUGGAAUGCGGACAAAGCGGGCAUCAAGUUCGAGGUGAGUCAAAGGGCAAUGGGCGUAGGCGGACGCUGGAUCGUCGUGGAGUUGGGUGCGCUUUGAGGGCUUGCAGUCGCGUGGCAGGUCCAUCGAGGGACGUCUCUUACGCCAGUCGGGUCUUGCAGAUUCCGCCGUUGCUGAUGCACGACGCCUCGCCUUUCGUUUCAAAAUUUUCCCCUUUUGCAGAGAUCUCACUUUAGCGAUAAAGGAGCACAGGUGGUCAGACGAAGAGCGAGCGCUGAAGAGGACGCGUGGGAGCAUCUGUCCAGGUCCGAUCGAGCACUGACCUGGGCCAAAGAUAACAAAUUCGCCGUCGUAGCAGGCUCGUAAGUCGCACUCGACCUUCUCACUUCAAUGCCAUGGGUAUUGUUGACUAACGCAAGUCAACUUUCGUUGUCAGAUGGGUCGCAUCCAUGGGCUUGAGCGGCGCAUACAUUCAAAGCCAACCAUUGUCCUUUGCGCAGAAAUUGGUGCAAGCGCGUGUCUUUGCUCAAGGGUUCACCCUCGUCUCGCUCUUGGCCAUGGCCGCCAUCACGCAAAUACCGACGGAGGGCGACAGGAUUCUGGAUGCGAGGGAUAAGAAGGGCGAACACUCUUGGAAAGACUUUUUAGAUGAAAGUGAUGGAGGGAACAAGCAUGGGCAGAACGCAUAAGAUGCAUCUAGCGGAACUGGCUGGCUCGAGGAGAGCACCACCCGAAUCCAAUUCCAAUAUACUGGUCAUUCUCCACCUUUCUGAAGAACGCAUCCGCACCAAAAGCGUAUUUCUCACCUCUGUCUGGCCGUCGAAUACACGCGUGCAACUUCCCAACGAAGGUGAGAGCGAGGCAGGUGCCGUAUUGUCAAACUGACCAUGACCUAGAAUCUGUGCGCGCGUUCACCGAACACGUCGACUCUCUGGAAGCACGUUCGAACACACAUACGCUAUCGGAGAAGGCAUCGGCGUACAAGUAUCAUUGGACAACGACACGCCAUCUCAAAGGUGUCGCGGAAUGGGCGUGGGGGACCGGUACAGGUCUCGAACAAGGAGAGCAAGAAGAGCAAGAGUUGA